CAGGCUCUCUGCCUGAUUGGAGACUUUGACACCCUUAAUGAAUGUGAAUCCUGGCGGAAAUUUAUUAAUAUUGCCACCAGAUACACACCCGUAAUUAAUCACAAUUUACUUUUUAGACAGACAUCAACUUCAUCUUCAUCAACUCAAAAUGAACAACCCGCACCACCUCCAUCAAAAAACCACGCAUGGCUGGAAUGACAACAAAACCACCCCAGUCAACUACACAACCCUCACAAAAUACUCAAUCUCUCUCAAACUCACUCCCCACACUAUCAACAAUCCACUUCUCACUUCCCAUCAAAUUCAUAUUAUCACCCUCAGCCUUACAAUCAAUUUAA